AUGCCCGCUCACGAGGGAUCGUCCACACCUCUGUCUGGUAUAGAUGUGGGACUGCAAGUCGUGGCGCUGAAAAGGCGCUUCAGCGAGCUCGAGAAGACCAUGAACGAAAUCAUCCAAAAGAGAAUGGCGUCGCAAAAAAGCAUCAAGGACACAGCGGCCCUGCACAAACUGCUGCUCCUGCGAACGCAGAUCAACUCGUCGGCCGCCCAAAUGAUGGAGCAGCUCGGCGAUGCGGCCACUGGCAAACCCAACACGGCCCGUCAGCCGCAUCACAUUCCCAGGAAGCCUGUGCCCUCGCCGUCCCCGCGACACCCCCUGAGUUCCGGUCCGACUGAUGUCGAGACCCAGCCAUCGCUGAAUGAAACCUCUCUGCCGACUCGUCAGCCUGGCGAGUCUGGCUCGACGUUGGCCGUGGCGCCCAUUGAUAUGAAGACGUCCUUUGUCCACUCGUCCCUGAGCUUGCACACCCCAGGUCCGAACACACUCGGCCAGCAUGCACCUGCGGCCCCUACGGCUGCUGCUCCUAUGGCUGCUACUCCCAUGGCUGCUACUCUGACAAUCCAGCCCAACCACAUCAUCUAUCGCAAGCUCGAGGCCGCCUACUGGACACGGUUCUCGUUCCUCAAGAAGCGCAUCCACAACGACCACUGGCAAGCCUUCAGCAGCAGAGCCAAGAGCGAAGGCUGCGAAGGCGAGAAGCUCUACGCGGAGGAGCUCGAAAUGUUCAACGAGGACAUCACCAGCCUGGCCGCCAUCGAGACGCAGCACGACUUCCUGCGCCACGGCAUCAAGGGCCUCACGACAAUGGAGGCCAUGGCCGCCUACUGGAAGCUCUGCGUCGAGCGCGCCGCGGCGAUACCGUGUCACAUGAAGCGGCAGCAUCGUCGGCAGCAGCAGUUCAAGGAGCUCCAGGACCUGAAUCACGAGCAAGAGGAACAGGCUCAUAAUAUGCACCUCGACCGACUGCCGCGGCUUGUGGGCAGGUAUAGUCGCUAUAUGCGAGACCUUUCGUUCGGGGAGGGCCUGCGGAUGCUUGCCCACAUCCUUGGCGACAUGGACCGCAUGGACGGCGACGAGGAGCGCGGCGUCGAGCCGUACAUCAUGGUCUCCCCUCUCGUGCUCAAGAGCCUGGCGCGUGCCCGUCCCAGCCGCGGCGAGAGGCUCGCGAAAAGUGUCGUGGAAGAGUUGCUGCGGCAGUUUGAGCAAUCAGGCGGCACGGAGGACAGCGCUGUGCCCGAACAGGAGACAGGCGUGAUGGACCCGUCGACGCAGAACCGCGAGCGCUCUGACGUGUUCGAGGGACCUCUGCGGUUCAGCCCCCGCCCGACACAGGCCGGCACGUGCUUUGAUGUUGUCAUUUCCCUCGACGACAUCAAGUCGACGGAAGCCGCCGCGGCGAUCGCCGAACGAUCCGUUCGAGCCGCGCUCAUGAGGCUCUUUGUCACGGCGGGCAUCGUGGCCUUGGACGACGCCGCCAGGCUCGAGCCGCUUCAGCCGGUCGUCGUCGAGGAGGCCGACGUCCAUUACUUUGAGCCCUGGUCUACCAAGAGGCGCGCCGUUGUGCGUGCCGUGGCUACCCUUCGCGGCCAGCUCUGGCCUGACGGCGCUGUUCCCCGCUCCGAAGCGUCGCCGCAGCUCUGCGCGUUUGUCGAAAGGUGGACUGGAGGCGAGCAUGGGCCCGUCGCUGAUAUGUACCCGACGGGUGACUAUGCCUAUGACUCUGAGGGGUCGAUUGAGCAGGGGCCGAUGGAGCAGGGGCCGGACGUCGACUGCUUUCCGGACGUGGAUUCGGACGCCGACAGCUGGGCCUACUGUACUGUUGAGGACUGGUGGUCGUGGGGUCCGACGCCGGGGUGGCGCGGGUCCUCCUCGCGAAGCGGCUGGGCGCGGCGGCCGGCCCACUGUCCGCUUGAGGUGAAGGCGGUCAAAGGGCGUCUGGCCGGUGCGGCGGCUGGUGCUGGUGCUGGUGCUGGUGCCGGUGCCGGCGGAGGCGGCAUCGUCGUGGUCGCGGUCCCAGGCGGCGGCGAACUCGUUGGCGAGGCGCACGCAGCAGGCGCGGCGGGCGAUCCAGGCGGGGUCGCGGGCGUUGACGUCGACGGGCUCGAGCAGGUCGAAGGUCUGGUCCUCGCGGGUGGCGCGGGCACGGAUGGCGGCCAUGGCGACGUAGAGCAUCUCGUCGACGGCGUGGCGCUCGGCGUCCUCGGCGUCCGUCGUCUCGAGCAUCCAGUCCUCGCGCAUGAACUCCUAGUCGCACGCGCGGACGGCCGUGUCGUGGCUCGUGCCGGCGCAGCCCCAGAUGGCCCAGUACUCGGCCCAGGCGUCGCUGAGGAGGACCUUGGCGCAGGCGACCGAGAGGACGAGCUCCGUGUGCUUGCAGUCGCGCGUCGUCUGCUUGCGGAUGAGGAGCGAGUGGCCGUCGAGGUCGUCGCGCGGAUGGCGCGGGAGGAACCGCACGAGCAGCUUCACCGUGACGUCGAGGUGGUGGUGCUCGCGCUUGAGGCGCACAAUCUUGUUGUCGGCGUUGUGGAGCUGCGCGAGGAUCGGUCCCGCCAUGCUGCGCGCUCGGUCGGCGUCGCAGUUCUGGCAGCGGCGCGUUGUGCGGCUGAUGGACGGAUGGGCUACGACGAAGGGACCCGAGGCGAGCACGGCUGCGACGGGCGGCGGGAGGGUCAGUGUCUGUCUGCAGGUGCGGCAGACAUUGCCACGAGGGCGAGACGGGGACGGGGAUGGGGACGGGGAUGGGGACGGGGACGAGGUCGAGGGGAGCUGGCGGUUCAUCUGAGCGGCCAUGGCACCGAUAUUACUGGCUUCGUCGUUCGUGACUGCCGGGUUUUCGGCCCCACCUGCCCGGCGCCGCGCCAGCACCUUCCGGAUUUCACUGCAAGAUGCACUAGUGGCGCACUUGAGACGGACUCACUGCCAAUGAUUCUGUGGCAGGGCUUUCCAAGGCUGAAGAGGGUUGUCCUUUCUUCGCCAAUAGUCAUGUGA